AUGUCCAGAUUCGCGGACGAGGGGCGAGCGGCGAACGCUUUCCGCCUGUGCGGGGACAUGAAGGAACGGGGUGUUAUGCCGAACCUACAAACAUACGAGCUCCUCCUCCGUUCGCUCGUGAACGAGGCGUGGGUGGUGGAAGCAUUCGCUGUGUUUGAGGAUAUGCUGGCGCUGGGUAUCCGGCCCAGCGUGGAUACGUAUAAUACUCUGAUGCGCAUAAACCGUUUGGAAGACCCUUUGGUGUCGUUACAUAUCCUAGACAUGCUUAAAGACGCAGGCCUGGCUCCGGACACGGAGACUUAUGGGAUUCUCAUAGACCGGUAUCUUACGGCCAAUAACAUAGAGAUGUGCUUGGAGCUGUAUGCACAGGCGGAGGCACAGGGUGUCCCUCUAAACGUCGCCAUAGAGGAGAAACUCAUCCGUGUCGCUGCCGAUUUGGGCUUCCCCCGGUUAGCAUGCCAGUUAGCGGAGCAAUUCGAAGCGCGAUCUGUCCGCUCGCUGGACAUCGUGACAUGGAUGAAGUGUCUGACAUCUUCGUCCGGGCAGCUCUACGUCGACGGCGUCGCUCAGUGCUGGGAAAGGGUUGUCGAUCGCCUCAACGUGCUUCCCGAUGAAGGUCUCUGCGUCGAAGUCCUCCACACCGCUGGGCGGAGUCACCUUCCAGAGCUCGCCGCGUCUGUCAUCCGCACGCUCAAAUCCCUAGGCGCAACCCUGCGCGAAUACCACUUCGCACCGCUCGUCGAAGCGCUCUGCGGUGCCCAGCGUAUCAAGGAAGCCGUGCUAACGAUUGAACUCAUGCGCGAAAAUAACGUAGAGCCGACCUUGCAGACCAUCGACCCGCUCUCGCAGUGGGCCCGUGGCACGCUCGACGGCAUCGACGUUAUGUGGACGGCCCUGGACGAGCUACACGAGGAAGGCAAGACCGUGGACGUCAUGGUCGUGAACGCUUUGAUCAAAGCCGCAGUUGAACUCGGUGAACUGCAGCGUGCGGUUGGGGUCUUCCAGGCUAUGCCAUCCCUAGGCAUCAAGCCGGACCGGACGACAUUCGAGGAGCUGCUGGCCGGAUGCAUAGUGCUCCGCCAUCGUGAGCUGGGCGACCGUCUACUAGCGCAGAUGAAGGAGCUGCAUAUCAAACCCAAGGCGCGGACGUACACGCGCCUGAUCGAGCUGUGCCUGACGCAGGAGACGUACGAGGACGCAUUCUUCUACCUCGAGGAGAUGAAGGCGCAGGGGAUCAAGCCCGGCGUGGAGGUCUACAACGCCAUCGUGCGCAAGUGCGUGGAGAACAACGACUCGCGGUACAAGAUCGCGCUCGAGGAGAUGAAGGAGUGCGGAUAUGAGGUGUCGAGGCAGCUGCAGCGGUUCAUCUCGAGCGGCGGCCAGGUGCACGAGGGACAAAGGGCAAGAACUCACUUAGAGAACGAGUGGUUGGCGCUCCUGGCGAAGCGGAAAGAAGCGGAGGCUAUUGCGGCUGCCCAGGUAGAGACGGAUGAGCUGUUACGGCAAGUUGUUCCUCCACUGGAGGAGGAACAGUCCAGUACAUCUCAAACGGAGGCUCAGAAGCCUGCUGCAUCUCGUGUCGAGCCUGAGCAGUCUGCGGGGCCCCAGUCUGAACCGCUGAAGGCCGCUUCAUAG